AUGUCGUUUCCUCGUGCUAAUAAACUAUCUCUGAUGUUUGAGGAAGAGAAGCCGAAUCUAGAAGUCAAGCUCUCGAAGGCCCUCCUCGGCGUUCCCUGGACGAUCGAUGUUGAUCCCUUGUCGAUUUAUCCUUAUGCAGAGUCCUCGUAUGCCAAGAACAGCUUUGGAAGUAUGCUUAACGAGUAUAUUUCUCGAGCUACCACCUCCCUUGACUGGUCUCAGGAGUCUAUCAAGUCCAACGUCAAUACCCUUGCCUCCGCUCACGUCCUGACCAUUGAAGUCGACCCUUCCGCGACCUUCAAAUACUGUUCUUGCGAUAUCAAGGACGAAAAGCUCCGAAUCCUCGUCUCUCCCACCGGUCUAGGCUCAAACAUAAGCGAAGCUGUCGCUGACAACAACCUGAAGAAGGCUCUCAAUGAUGCUUCUAUCAGUGGCGGAAACAAGCUUAGCUUCGUUGCUGAGGAGGGACUGGCCAAGUACUGGUAUCCGAACAAGGGCGAGAUCGAAGUCAAGGUGGCCAAGAUCCUUGGUCAACCUGUCAAGCUCGACCCUCGGCUGGAAGAGAACUACGCAGCGCUCAAAGCCGAGAGCGAGAAGCCGGGCACGACACUUAUAAAGCACUGGGAGAACAACGUUGGCAAUUCCGUUCACGGUUACUUCAACGGACUUGUCUCGCAGUUAGAGUGGCAGAAGUUUCCGGGUGAUGACAUGCUUCAAGAGGGGUUCUUUGAUGUUGUCAGCAAAGCCGAAAUUGCCCUUCGUACUGUGAGUGCACUGAAGAAAGGCAAAUAUAACGAAUCUGUUGUUGAAGAUGGUGUUCUCUACCUUCAGAUAACUCCUGGCAAGUGA